AUGGAGGCAGUGAAGAAGAUGAUGGUUGUUUCCAUGAUCGUUGCUGUGGCUUUCUCAGCCGUAGGACAAGUGGCAGCUGCCACAGUGGAAGCUCCAGCUCCAAGCCCAACUUCUGAUGCUGCUAUGUUCGUACCAGCAUUGUUUGCAUCUGUUGUUGCUUUAGCAUCUGUCCCUUAUGGAGCAAAGUCUAAAGAUAAAUGGCUUAUCAACAUGAGAAACAGGAGGAAUUCCAAUAAUCUAGAGUUUUUUUAA